CAGAAAAAAAAAAUAGUUGUUUGGACCCCUAAUAAAGUGACUUUUAUUUUGAAACGAGCUACAUCCGGAUGACGUCUGUGUUUACGUUGCAUUUUAAAAAAAUGACGGUAUCUUCCAGUCGGAGAUUUAUUUACAGCAAAUGAUUUAAACCGUGUUUGUAGAUGGUGCAGUAGAGUGUCCUGAAGACUCCAGCCCCUUCUCUUCCUCCCCUUUUGAUCCAGACCCUUAUAAUGUGGUCCCUCUACACCUAUCAUCAGCUGCUAGCCUUCCUCCUCACCUUCCUCAGCUAUGUCCUGCUUCACGCGUCUCGUAAGACUUUUAGUAACGUAAAAGUGAGCAUCUCAGCGCAGUGGACACCGUCAGCAUUGCAGCAGAAUGGCAGCACUAUAACUUUGUCUCCUGGAGAGACAUGGGAAGAUAACAAACUGUUUGAUGAUGCAGGGGAGGCUACUUUGUUUUUGGGUGCUCUGGACUCAAUCUUUCUCUUCUCCUAUGCUGUGGGUUUGUAUAUCAGUGGGGUGAUUGGCGAUCGGUUCAACCUCCGCUAUGUUCUGUCCUUCGGUUUAUGUGGAUCAGCAAUCGCGGAAUUUAUUUUUGGCACUUUGACAGAAUGGCUUCACUUUUAUAACGUGUACUUUUAUUGCGUUUUGUGGGUGAUAAAUGGACUGCUGCAAUCUACAGUUUGGCCCUGUGUGGUGGCCAUCAUGGGCAACUGGUUUGGGAAAUCUGGCCGAGGCUUUGUGUUUGGACUGUGGAGUGCGUGUGCAUCCGUGGGGAAUAUUCUGGGUGCGUUUCUUGCCUCCAGUGUCCUGAAGUAUGGCUAUGAGUAUGCCUUCCUCGUGACAUCAGUGGUUCAGUUUGCUGGUGGUGUGGUGGUGUUUUUUGGCCUGCUCACUUCUCCAAAAGAAAUUGGACUAAGUGACCCCUCUGAGACAGUUCUGAGAUCAGUGACAAGAGACUCAGACAGUCGUCCUCUGAUGAGUGAUGAUGAAGAUGAGUUAUGUGAUGAAAACUCCUCCAUACAGCAGCAGGAUGAGGAGCCUGAACCACAGCCCAAAGCCAUUGGCUUCCUAAAGGCCUUCUGCCUGCCUGGAGUCCUUCCUUAUUCUCUGGCUUACGCAUGUCUGAAGCUGGUCAACUACUCUUUCUUCUUCUGGCUGCCAUUUUAUCUCAGCAACAACUUCGGCUGGAAGGAAGUUCAGGCCGACCGGCUGUCUGUGUGGUAUGAUGUGGGAGGAAUUGUUGGAGGAACAGUGCAAGGCUUAAUCUCGGAUCUUUUGGGAAAGCGAGCUCCUGUGUUAGUAGUCAGUUUGGUGCUGGCCAUGGGAGCGUUAGUGGGAUACAGCCACUCUCCAAAUAACCAGAUAGUGAAUGGAGCUCUUCUAGCAACAACAGGUUUCCUUAUUGGAGGUCCAUCAAACAUGAUCAGUUCAGCGAUCUCUGCAGAUUUGGGCCGCCAGGAGGCGCUGCAGAACAGUCAGGAGGCUCUGGCCACAGUCACAGGAAUCGUGGACGGCACAGGCAGCAUUGGAGCUGCGGCGGGACAGUACCUGGUGUCGCUUAUUGAGAACAAAUUUGGAUGGAUGUGCGUCUUCUAUUUCUUCAUAAUCAUGACAGGGUGCAGUGUGCUCUUCAUCAUUCCACUCCUCUACCGUGAAAUCCGCUCCUUAUGCCGAGACAGUCAGGCUCGUACACAUCAGCUCUGAGAUGGUCAUUUGUGUGGUCACUUCUUUUACCUGAAUCGGACAUUUUGAAAAUACAGACUUGCUUUUGUAGCACCUCCUAUUUGAGAAUGUUCUGUUCUCGGAAACAGAGUCUGGCUACUCUACGUCAAGGCAUUGUUCAGACUGGCAGUUUACUUUUCCUGUAUUCUAGUCUGAUCAGCAAACAAGAAUAAAAAAACAUGAAAACCAAAUUUCACAAACGAUCUUAUUUUUUUGGAAGUUUCUUGGCAAUGUGAUGACUCUUAGUCUAGUAACCUGUGUCUUUCUAAAUAUCAGAUCCAGAUCCAAAUCCAAAUCAAAUUUGUUUGCAGUGUGAACAAAGCCUUUUUUAAUUUUCUCCCUCAAAUAAUUUCAUUUAUGAAGACAGAAUGUUGCUUAAGAUCUGUUUCUGUUUUAUUUCUGUGUAUUGCUAUGUCUGCACAUUUUUUGACCUUUUUUUUUAAAUACCAAUUUUAUAAUUGUUAGAGGGCAGGACCCUCAUGGUGAUUGCAGCCUGAUUAAAUUAUUGUUUUGAAUGAUUGCUUGAACUGAAGAAGUAGAUUCAUAGCAUCAUCAUGUAGGUUUUGGGGUUGUAAUUUGGGUGUUAGAUGUGCACCGAUUUUUAAAUUCACACUAAAUUAACACUCAGUUGCACUUUAGAAUCACAGGUGUUUAAGUGUAUUAUGGGAUGUAAAUGUAACACUACAAUUCAGCAAACUGAUGUUUUGUGUUUCAACUUUUGGAACCUGUACAGGUAUUGCUUGAAUGUUUCAAUUCUGUGGUCUGUUGUUCCUGCAUAUGUACCUGUACAUAAGUAAUAAUAAAUUCAGGCAAACAACAUGUCUUUAUUGUUUUAACAAA